UAUAGGAAACUCUAGAUGAGAAGCGUGGGCGAGAUAGAUGCAUAUAAGGCAUUAGUUCCUAUUUUUAUUUCACAUCUACUCCGCUAAAUGAAAAAAAGGUGGUUAUUCUGAAUUUAACUUGAAAACGGCCCACCAACCUGAAAGUCACAGACUGUAGACAUAUCUCGACGAAAACGGCGGCAAAAAGCAAAUCGGAAACGUCAGAAUUGCUUGACAAAGUAACAGAGACACAACACAAACCCGUUCUUGGUGACAAAAUGAGAAACAGGAUGGAGGUAGGAGACUAUGUGAUCGACAGUGACACUGAAUCUGACUGUAGUAGUAAUGGAGGGAGUAAACGAGUUCAAUGGGCUGAUGAUUUGGUAGAAAUACGAUACUUCUCUACUCCACAUGACUUCAAGAAAAGCUUUCGUAAAAAGAUUCGUAAAAUCAAAGAAAAAGCUGGCGAACUGUCGGACAAACCUCUAAAAAUAAUAACAAGUAUGGGUGAAGUGAGCGCUACAAUAUUUCAACAUGGUUUAGAGUUUAUAUCCAAACAUCAUGGACCUCAUGGAUCCUUCGAUACCGACUUGGUUAGUUACGAAGACUUAGAACAAGAAUGGGACAGACUAUUCAAGAUUUAUGCCGUUCCUACAAGCGAAGGACUCGAUACCGUUGAAGAAAAUAACUCUAAAAGAACAACUUAAAGGUGUUAAUAACUGCGGUAAAAUACUUUAAAUCAAGGAAAGCAAAUGAUCCCAUCGCGCUCGUAAAGAAAUGAAGGCUUUUUGACAAGAAAUUGGAUAAAGGGAUGUAAAGUCGACAGAAAAGAAAUACUUGACAUAACAGAAAAUCCGUAGGAACACCUGUCAAAGAAUGAAAGAUGUUACCAUGAAAAAAGAAGAAAGCAGAAUAUACUUUUUUAUUCGCAUUCGCAUAGACGAAUUGUAUGAAAGACAAAAAGGGUGAUUGGAAUAAAUGAACAGCUUUGAGCUAAGUAAUCUAUUUGAAUCUUUUUAAAAAAGCAAUAUAGAUUGACUAACGUACGUACGUACGUACGUGUGAUGUACAUGAAAAAUGUAUAAAAUGAAUAUUUAAAUUAUUCAAUGUUAAGUCAUGUACUCAGCUAUAUUGCAACAUAUAAGAUAUAUUUUCGAAAUUUACACCAAGUCAAAGAAAUAAUUUUGCUACUUUUGCAAAGAAAAUUAGAUUUAGGUCAAUAAUUAAGUACAUUUUUAAAGUAAAUCGACCAAAAAAUAAGAUGCAUAAUCGGUUUGGUGACACAGCCAAGCGAUUCUCCAAUCUUUGUGCAAGAAAUUGCCAUAUAAAUAGUAAAAAAGCCAAUAAAGAAUUGCGGGCGAUUCUUUAUGAACUGGGAAAAGGCGGAUAUUGUAAAUAUAUUGAAUUAAAAUCAAGAAAAACAUA